UACCUUUCUAUAAAGACUCUCGCCGUUAUGUCGGACCAAAUAUUCGAUCUGGCUCCUGACGGACUGUUACUGCAAACAAAUCGCAACAUCAGUAAGCGUCUGGAGUCUGUUCCUACCGAGAUACCAGCAUGUUCUUUAGAAAGCGCCAAAACGAGUUUUGAGCCGAAAUCCGUACCCGAGGAAGACUUAUUGGGUGUCACGUCUGUGUCCGUGUUGCCUAUCCUCAGGUUUUCCCCGACAGACACUAAAGUGCCGACAUUUUACUGCCCAGGUCGACCCUACUCCAUAUGCCCAGUGUCCGAUGACGAGGCAUGGGUUAUUUGUGACACCUCGGAGACCAUUCAGCUUUAUUCCAAGAACGGGGCAAUCCGACAGUUUCUCAAAUUACCAGGGGAGGCCAAUGACAUUUGUUGUUUUCCAAACGGUAGUCUCUUUGUCACAGAACUUCGAGGACGUGCCAUCUGGAAAAUUGGAACAGACAAUUCUGUGAAAACCUUCACUACCAUCGACGACACAGUUCGUGGGGUUUGUUAUUUUGGCGGGAAGUUCUAUGUCACGUGCAAGGAUUCGAGUCGGCACAUGUUGUCCAUUUUGACGCAAGACACGGGCGACAUUGAAAAGGAGAUCGUACAAGACAACGGCAACCCAAUUUUUUGUCAUCCAGAUCGUCUUUCUGUCACGAGUAGCGGUACUGUGUGUGUGACCGACAGGGGCAAAGAUGGCGCUGUUGUCUUUGUCACAUCAGACGGACACGUGAAGUCCUCAUACAGGGGAGAAGGAGGAGAGCAAAAUGGGGGACAGAAAGAGCGGUUUGAACCCUGGGGACUUUGUGUGGAUCAACACGACAACAUAUUCAUAUCUGACCGCUUCAAUGACGUCAUCCAUGUUCUCAACGAAAAUGGUGUUUUCCAGAAGUUCUUGCUGACUGAAGAUGACGGGAUAAGGCGCCCCCUGGGCAUAGCUGUGGACAAUGCCGGACACAUUUGGGUCGGCAAUGAGGACGGAAGUAUCCAUGUGUUCGAAUACCUAGAGCUUUUAUAAUGUCCGUCGGUGAUUCUGUGUUCACUAACAAUAAGUCGGACAAAAAAACCGGAUAACAAUAGGUUGGGCACAAAAACCGAAGCUAACAGUAAUUCGGGCACAGCAAUGAGAGUAACAAUAUAUCAAGCACAGAAAUAUAGGUAACAAUAGGUCGGACACACAGCUCGGGGGCAUAAAACUGGGGUUCAAUAGGUCGGGCAUAAACUGUGGUAAACGAAAGGUCGGGCAUACAAAACUGUGGAUUACACAAUAACUCAGGUACAAAACUGAGGGUCACAAUAGGUCAGGCAAAAAAUUGAGGGUAACAAUAGGUCGGGCAUAACAAACUAAGGAUAACAAUAGGUCAGUCAGUAAACUAAUGGUAACAAUAGGUCAGGCAUAAACUGAGGGUAAGAAUAGGUCGGGUACAAAACUAAGGGUAACAAUUGGUCAGGCAUAAAACUUAGGGUAACAAUAGUUCAGGCAUAAACAAAGGGUAACAAUAUAUCAGGCAUAAAAUUAAGGGUAACAAUGGAUCAGGCAUAAA